CCUCCAUCUCGCCCGCUACGUAACCCACGAUGGCCUCAUCGUCAACUUCGCCAGACCUGCCCACUUGCGCGCCCACUUGGACCACUGACGAGAACGAUGAAGACGUUCGCCGGAUGGUGAUAACACCUGGUAUGAUCGAACGGAAAGCGGACGUGCACCGGGACGCGCUCGGCCGCUCUUACAACCAACUGCCUGAUUAUCAUGGUCUCUGCUACGCGAUCACGUACUCGAAUAUCUACGAAAUGUGCAAGGCGAGGCCGCGAGACUGCAAGACGGGCGAGAAGUGCUUCUACGGCGAUCGGUGCUUUACGAUCUACAAGUGGUUCGAGCGGCUGGAGGCGGCUACGGGGAUCUCGCGGCAUAAUGGCGCGCAUGAAGGCGAACUACCGAACGGGACGCUAAUUGUAAUGAUGGUUAUCGCGUGCUCGGAUAAGGUGGAGACGGUUCCGCGCCCCGCGGCGCGAAUACAGGCGUUCAAGGAGUUCUUGCGCACGAAAAGAGAACCGAUGGUGAAGAGGUCCAGACAGCCCAGAAUGUACGCUCACUAAGUCAGCCGACGUCCAUCGUUUUAAUCCUCUGCUCUCACACCUAUUUGCUAUGAUGUUUAUGCAUUGUCCUUGAAUUCUGUAUCUGUCUCGCUAUCGAAUAUCUCUUCGUCGAUACUAGGUGUGCAUGUUUCGGUGUUGUCAUUGUCGACUGUGUGAUCGAGUGUUAUCAUGCUGACCCAUG